AUGACAGAAAAAUUCCUUUCGCUGUCAACGCAUAUCGUGGCUCCGAGUCAGACGACCGCCCUCAGUCCCAAAUCAAAUCCUUCCAUCGUGCAUCAUGUCUCUAAUAAGGUCGAGAUGGCUGAGGAAGAGCCGUACACCAUCAAGUGUAUUUGCAACUACUCUGACGAUGACGGGAACACGAUAUAUUGCGAAACGUGCGACACAUGGCAACACAUCGAAUGUUUCUAUCCCCACAACAUCCAGGAUGCUUACCGCGAAGACUUUGCUCAUUCGUGUGCCGACUGCAAACCUAGACUGCUGGAUCGCCAGCGUGCUAUCGAGCGACAGAGGUUGCGACACAGCAAGCCCACUACCGAGGGUGUAUCGGAGAAGAAGCCUAAGAGGCCGCCAUCCAAGAGCCACAAGAAGAAGGUUAAGCCCAACGACCUUCAACUGAACGGACACAGCGGAUCUGAUUCAAAUACGAAACACAAUGAUCACACACUCUUUCACCAGCACAAGAAAUCCAAAAGCACACACCGACCGAACCAUCCGAUUAGUUCCCAGGCUCUGAAGCGUAGUCCUUCCUGCGGCCAGAAGAAUGGCAACCCUCAUGGGCAUCCUCCUAGUCCGGCUACGACGCCCCCCGACCACCCUGCCGACCUCGAAAUCCACGACUAUUCGAGCGCUUUUCUCUCCUUGUAUAAUGACGACCGCGAUUUCCAAAUAGUCCAUUCAAAUUCCUUCGCGAGCCUCGUUAUCUCAAACCACAUAUCCCUCUGGCUUCGAGAUCGUGAAAAACUGUGGCGGGAGACCGGCCGCAAGUUCGAAGACGUCUUCCAGGACCUGCCUGCAAACAUCGAUUCGGUCAAGCGAACGCCAGUGGUGGCGCACAAGAAACAGCCCAUUGCCGAUGGAGAAUUACAAUGGCAGUAUCUAACCGCACCGUACGCCAUCGAGAAGGACGUUCCACUGGUGGAACUCAACGGCCAGAUUGGCAUCCAGAAGGAUUACUGCGAAAAUCCCGACAAUCGAUGGGCGGACCUGAGCUCACCUCUUCCCUUCGUCUUUUUCCAUCCUAUGUUACCAUUGUAUAUUGACACGAGGAAAGAAGGCUCGCUUGCCCGUUAUGUGCGGAGAAGCUGCAAACCCAACGCUGUAUUGGACACAUAUCUCUCCGAACCCUCCGAGUACCACUUCUGGCUGGUGAGCGACCGUCGAAUAGAACCUAACCAGCAAAUAACCAUCCCGUGGGACUUCCGACUCCCCAAACAGGAUGGAGACAGAAUGCUGAGGCUCAUCGGCAUGGGCGACGACGAAACUAAUUCUCAACCUGAGUUUGACGUCAACGACCUCGAAUUGUACCAGACCAUCUCCCAGUGGUUGUAUCAAAUCCUCUCGGAGUACGGAGGCUGCGCCUGUGAUCUAGGGUCAGAUUGCACAUUUCAACAAUUCCACCGGCACUACCUGCUCAGGUCGCAAUCCCAGUCCAACUCAAGCAGAAAGAGGCCUAGGAAACAAAAGACGCAUACUAUCUCUCCAACAAGUACUGGCCAUGCUACAAAUAGCCGUGCUCCUAGCGAGGGCAACGGGGAUGAUGGCGGGGAGAAUGACUCUGGAUCAUCGCGCAGUAAACCACCUAGCCGAGACAUGACCCCAGCACGACAAGGGUCUUUUGACACGUUAGGCAUUUUAACGGAGCCCACUGACAGAGACAAACGGAAAGUUGCCAUGGUUGAGGAUUCCUUCCGCCGUAUGGAGCAGCAACAACCACCACGAAAGAAGAAGCGAACUUCGGAUGGUACAGUGAGCUCAAAUACCUCGAAACAGAAAUCGCGCAACUCUGUCAGCCGGACCCCAGGUCUCCCGAAUGGAACAUCAGAGCGUCGCUACGUUGAUGCUGGAACAAACCGAAGCAUAUCUGGAUCUCCUUCAAGCGCCACAUCACCAUAUACUGCGGGUCACCACAACAAGUACACUACAUCUAGGCUUGGUUCCAUGCCAAUUCCGUCACGCAAUUCAUCCGAAGGCCCCCACCCAGAGUACUGCGAUGCUUCUGUUCAGACGGAUCCUGUAGAUGGGGAAUGGUUCAGCCCAACCCGCCAAUCAGCAAAGCCAAAGCGGCGUGUGGUAUCCCUUUCAAAGCGAUUGCUCGAGAACCGACAUCGCCUACGAGCAGACGAGGAACAGCGACGAAAGCCAUCAGCCGGUUCGCCAACUUCAGUGACAUCCGCUAUGAUUAAGAUGGAUUUGGACUUACCUUCAAGCGAAACGGCUCAACUCGCAUCAUCUGGUACAACUCAAGGCAGUCCGGUGCCGUCUGGUGGAACAGACCCGGUUGUUGAUACGCCGAUGAAGGAUGUACCGGCAGCAUUGCCUUCUCCUCCGAACAUUCCCUCUCCAGCCGUCGUUCUCAAUGACGCACUGGUUGUCAAGAUUAAAUCGCCUGAGCUUCGAGUUCAAAUGCCGCCUGUCCCUGCCUUCAGUAGCUCGAAUAGUCCGAAAACCGCCGUGUCUGCGACAACACCAUUAUCGGCAACGGCCUCAACGGUACAAUCAGCUUUUUCUGCGAGCAGUUUGCCAAGCCCAUUCGGCCGAACCUCAAUGAAUGGCAUUGCUUCUCACCCAGCUCACCCGAGUCCGGUGAAGAAGAAGCUCAGUCUGAGUGAUUACACCAAGAGCAGGAUGAAUAAGACUGUUGCAGCGAAGCCGGUGGGGGCGUCGCUCAAGCCGCCAAGUAUUGCUGCGGAUGAAUCUAAAUCACCAACGAAUACUGACGUGCCACUGUUGGAUCCAGUGCCAGUCGACAACGCCGAGCCAUGA